AUGACACAAAUAAAACAAAUAAAUCAAAAUAUUCAAUUAAUUGAAAGUGAAAAUAAUGAUUUAAAGUAUAAAUUAUUAAAUUUAAUCAAUGAAUAUAAAGUAUUAAAAUCAAUGGUUAUAAAUAAUGAAUUCCCCAAUAGUAUUAGAGAAAAAGAAGAUAAAAAAAGAAGUUUCCAACAAUUAAACAAUGAAGAUUUGAAAAUUAUCAAAGAAGAUGAACCACUUAAUUUCAAUAAGGAUGAAAUAUUUGAUUUUAUUGAUGAUAGAGAAAUCGAAGAUGAAGAGAUCGAUGAUGAUAUGGACAGUCCUUUAUUAUCAAGAACUUCAUCACCAUUAGAUGAUGAUAAUAAUUCAUUAAUGUUAUCAUUAACUAGAUCCACCACUAUCUCAUCAAUUUCAAAUUCAAUUAUUGAUUCAAAGGGUAAUAGUUCUUCAAAUUUAGGAUUCUCAUUAUCUAAUGGAUUGAAUGGACCACUUAAAUCAAAUUUCUUUGAAUUACCAAAUUUUUCUGAUGAAAAGACUGAUUUUUCAAAUUUGAACAAUCAAUUUGAUAUUUUAAAACAAGACAAAUAUAAUUUAAUUAAUGAUUUUUUACAAGAGAAAUUAAUUAAUAAUGAUUUGAAUUAUUAUGAAAAUUUAAAAUAUCAAGAUUAA